AUGGCCCCUGAAGAGUUCAAGGUCGAUAUGGGAUCUCACGGUUCCUUCACCAAGAUCAGUCAUAACAAGCCAUACGACACAAUCUCGCCACUUCGACCUGAACUCUCUUCCAAGGGCAAAAAUGUGAUCGUAACUGGGGGCGGGACGGGGAUUGGAAAGGCUAUAGCUAUGGCUUUUGCUCAAUCUGGAGCGGCUUCGGUGUCGAUUUUUGGGCGUCGAGAGGAUCGUUUGAUCUCAACCUCCAAAGAGAUCACCGGCGCUGUCACGGGAAACACGCGUGUGCUGUAUCGUGUCACCGACUUGGUAGACAGCUCGAGCACGCAAGCGUCGUUCAAGUCUAUCGCUGCUGAAGUGGGCAAGUUAGAUAUACUUGUGUCCAACGCAGGCGUCCUCGGAGAGAUCGGACAUGUCACCUCGGUCAACGUUGAAAACGUCAUGAAAGCGUACAAUCUCAAUGUGCGGAGUGCAUUCAACGCAGUCCAGGCAUUCGUCCCCCUCGCUGGCAAUGACCCUGUGAUUAUAAGCACAUCAACAGCUGCAAUUCACAUUGCACCCAUACCCAUGGCUGUCGCGUACACCGCCAGCAAGAUGGCCGUCUACAAGACAUUUGAGUAUCUUGCGGCCGAAAACCCGGAGCUACACAUCGUGCAGAUUCAACCCGGCGUGGUCGCCACGGAAAUCAACCAGGGGAUGCCUGACGUGGAUCGAGAUCGACCUGAACUUCCCGGAGGAUUCUGUGUCUGGCUCGCCUCUCCUGAAGCACGAUUCCUCAAGAACAAAUUUGUCUGGUCGAACUGGGACGUGGAUGAACUCAAGAGCAGGGCAGAAGAGAUUCAGAAUUCAAAUUUGUUGACCAUGGCGUUGCAGCUGGGCCCGCCUCAGUCCCAAGUAAAUUAG